AUGAUAUUGUUGAACGUAACGGGAGAUCCAAUGCUAGAUAUGGAGGCUAUACUCAAAAACCUGACACAAGAAGAGAUAAUUAAUCUGACGAGACUAUUCAUCCCUCAGUGGUUAGAAGAUGACAUACGAGCCGAACAUCUGAUCCGCAAUUGGAUCACUUCAUCGAUGUACGCACUGAUAGUUUUAGUAUCGUUUGUCGGCAACCUAUUGGUUAGUGUUGUUUGUAUUAAAAAUCUGACAAAAACCAAUACAUUGAUACUAUCGUUGUCGACAUCGGAUCUGCUGAUGACUGUAUUCAACAUACCGUUUAAUGUGGUACGACUAUUGAAAGAGGAGUGGCCUUUUGGACGAUUUCUUUGCGUGUCAGUGCCUUUUGUUCAAGUAAUGGUAGUCUAUGUAUCCAGCUUUACUAUGGCCGUCAUCGCCUACCAUCGAUGGCGAUCUGUAACUUCUAUGACCAAUACAGCUUUGCCCAGCAUUUGGCCAAUUAUUAUGACAAUCAUCGUAACCUGGACACUGUCGGCCAUUAUGGCUAUACCGACAUCGUUGUUCAACGAUGUGGUACCAAUGGUCACCUACAAGACCAUCAAACGGUGUCGCGUCAAUUAUCCUGAAUCCGAGUACAACAUAUCGUUGAUACUAAGUCUGGAGAUAUUUAUUACACAAUACCUGAUCCCACUGUCGUUGUCCAUAAUCCUCUACAUUAAGAUCGGCAAAGUUAUCUCCAGACAGGGAAAGAUCAUUAAUCUCAGAGGUUUGUCAUUAAAAUAA